GCUGACUCGCAGGGAGGAGAAAGUUAUUGGAAGACGAUUAAGCAACUGCACCCGUCUAAACUUCGAGAGGAACUUCCUUCCUCUGUAUUCAGCAUGAAUGGUUUAUAAAGGACUGCAGCAAGGUUCACAAGACAGCGUAUAUUCUACUUUGAUACUCACGUCGUGACACGCCAUACAACUGUAAGCUCUAGUUCCCAUCCCACCGUGUAUGAUGUCUAAAAGGAGCUCUUCGACGAUGGCGUCGUCUAUGCAAGUGAUCCUGACUUUGACGUUCCUCUUCGACGUGGAAUCACUCACCAGUUUCUGUGUGGACAAUCAAUGCUUUAGUGUACACGAAGACAUGGCAGAUUUUACUGCCGCAAGAAAGGUCUGUCAAGGUUUUAACGGACAUUUAUUGACAGUGCGAUCAAGCGUAUCAAACAGCGCCAUCUCAACUUUAUUGACCGACUUAAAAGGUGACUUCUGGAUCGGGCUACGGUUUAAUGGCAAUUGUGCCCAAAUCUCUGAUUUGAAAGGAUACAAAUGGAUAACGGGACAAGAAGAAGCCGACUUUCGCAACUGGGACAAGAACGACGCUGUUUGCCCUACCUCCGAACAGUGCGUAACGGUGUCCACAGACGACCUCAAGUGGAGGGAGAGAUCGUGUACUGAUAAAGUCGAUGGAUUUAUAUGCGAGUUUGGAUUUGACUCAGGUUGUCAACCACUGUCGGAUUCACAGAUCCUAACGUACCGGACACCGUAUGGCAUUGAGGGGCCUGAGCUUAACGUUUUGCCGUUUGGAAGUGUGGCGGAGCUCAAUAAUGGGACUCAGUAUAUUUGCAUUGGUAACUGGGAGAUAUCACCGUGGACCUGUGAGGUCUUGAACGGCGGCUGCGAGCAGAAGUGUACCAGGGUUAAUGGUAAACCUGUAUGCACCUGUUCUCCUGGCUACUUGGUUGAUGACCGCAACGGUCGGUCCUGCCGUUUAGCUGCGAAUGAUCCUUGUAAGGGAUCUGGGUGUGAGCAAAUCUGCAUUCCGCAUAAUGGAAGUUUCUCCUGCCUUUGCGAACAAGGUUUCUCUCUAGAUGCAGACGGCAAGAGCUGCAAAGACAUAGAUGACUGCGCAGAUAAAAGAAUGUGCGCGGGGGCUCACACGAUGUGCGUAAAUACGCACGGAGGUUUCCAUUGCACUUGCAAGACGGGGUUUGAAAUGCAGAAAGGCUUUUGUGUGGAUAUCGACGAAUGCGCUAAAAUGCCAUGUGAACACGUAUGCAUUAACACACCUGGCAGCUACAACUGCUCUUGCUAUGAGAGACACAAGGUAUCAGACGAAGACCAUCACAAAUGCAUAUUGCAUUGCCCUUACCAGGAAUGCCCAGCUGUUUGUGACCCCAACGAAAUUUUUCAGUGUGACUGUCCAGAUGGUUUCAUCAUCGACGCUAGAGGAGAUGACCGCUUUUGUGUUGAUAUCGACGAGUGUAAUAAUUUUUCUUGCGACCAGCAUUGUGACAACAGCUUUGGUGGAUACACCUGUUGGUGUGGUGAGGGAUAUGAGUUGGUGGACGACUAUAAAUGUGUACCAACUGAAGGAUCAGGCUCCACGCCAUCAUAUAGCGAUGUCACCCCGACCGUCAUGUCAGAGAGCCCAUCAGCUGUGACAGCCGGUGGUCUCCUUGGAAUUAUUGUUUGUGUUGUGUGUGUCUUGGUCGCCCUGGUUUUGCUCGCUCACCGCUGUCUGAAGCGUCAAAGUGAACAUUCGCUCAUCGGUGCGCGUAAAAGCACUGACUUGCAUGACUUGGAACAAAUGACCACUGAAAACUACAAUCCAAAAUUUUCAGAAAUUAAAAAAUGAAAGGAGAUAAAUACCUGCUAAGGCCGUUUUUUAUAAUACCAAAACAGCUGAUGCCUGGCCUUUCCCUGGAGUGAAACUUUUGUGCACAAACACAAGAAGAUCUGCAGUUGGCAACUGCAAUACUGUCACCUCCACAGUGAGGAGAGAAUAUGAAGAAUAUUUUUUUUUAGAUUUGUGUAUAUUAAUGUAACUAAAAUGCUAUGUACAGUACACGAGUGAUAUAUUGUAUUUGUUUUUUAGAGAAGCACAACGGAUUCUGAAAGGACAUGGGUGAAUGUUUCUUGGGGGGGACGGUUUACUGUUGUUUGAUGUCUAUAAAAUAAAAACAAAUUAUUGUCGGCCUAUAUGACACACACGUCUUUUUAAAGUGUGUCCGGCAUGUCAUUUUCUUUGCAUUGCAUAAAUAUAUUAAAUCAUGAUCCAGUGAACAUGUUUAUAAAUUAAAAUGUUUUAUAUGCAUUAUUACAUCGCUCACUGUCCACAGUAAAUAUACUCUAUGAUGCUAUUGUUGUUAGUAAAAAAUGUCAGCUGAAGAGAAUCAAGUGAAUAUCAAAACUUCAUGUUAUGUCAUGGGUUAAUCUUAAAUUAAUCGCUGCUUUAAAAAAAUGGCUUCUAAAAGCUUUAAAUGCCUCACAGAUCAACCAUAUGUUGUGCAAGCACCUGGCCUCUAAUUCCUCUUGAAGAGUGGUCAUUUUGCAGGACCCCCUUCAUAAUUGUAUUAUUAGUUUUUAAUCGUCAUCAAAUAUAAUUCAAAUUAAGCUGUAGCUUAACUUUCUGCAUUUGGGUUCUAAUUUGGUUAGACUGCACGCACGUGCAUCACCAUCAACCUCCCAUCCCUUGCUAUCACCAAAACACACGUCAGUGUUAGUCAGCUGAUAUUAAUGAGAUAAUAUGCGGGGAUCAGGCUAAUCCUUUACCGCACAACCGAAAGGUAUUUACAAACUAAAAGAUAACCAUGUUUCUCCAGAUGUAGGGUAUGGCCACUUGUUGCAUGGACACCAGUAAGAAGACAGGCCUGCCCUCUGAAAUCCAAGAUUGGGUUUCCCAAAGCCAUCUUAAUACUACACAUAAUUUAUAAGCUAUAAGAGAGACCAGGAAUUGAUGUACCAUGUUUAUGUUUCAUGUCUUGUCAAAACAUAAACAUGACAUGUCAUAAUAUAAUGCAACAUACCUAUAUUCACUCUACUGUAUUAAGUUCACUGAUUGCGUUUGAGCAUAACAUGGGCCUUCCUUUCCCCUCUCAUCUUCAUCAAAACGUAGUGAGUACUUUGCAGUUAUAACAUGGCAGUUUCAUAGGCUGGGUAGUCAAAUUGAUGCAACAACCAUACUUUAUUCAAACCAAAAUAGAGAUGGAUAAAGGUUUUUCUGUUGUUCACAGGGUAUGUACUCAAAAUGCUAUUGAGAUAGCUGUUUACACACCAAAAGUAUCAGAUAUUAAGAAAUUAAGUAGUUAAGACCUCUCUGUUGGCCGCAACCCAUUGUAUGCAACUUGUCAUCAGUCGACCUCUCCUAAUAUUUGCUAAAAUAAUUGUUUGACUUACUUGACUUAAACCUUUUUGCUCUUUAGGGAGCAUACUGUAGGUCAUUCAUGAACUUCCUCCAGGUGGUUCGGUGUUGGACGAUCUUCUCUGCUUCCUUCCAAGAUGUUGUUACUUUCUUGAGUUCUGCCUCAACAGACAUUUUCCAGCUGUUUCUUGGUCUUCCUGGCUUUCUUUUCACUUGUGGGUUCCAGGUUAAGGCCUGUCUGGUCGUGUUGGAGGAUGGUGUUCUUAAGGUGGGCCCGAUCCAGCCCCAUUUCCUGCGUUUGAUUUGAGUUUCAAUUUGUUCUUGUUGUGUGGUUUGCCAGAGUUCCUCAUUUGUGAUGGUGUUAGGCAAAUCUCCAGGAUGUGUCGUAAGCCUCUGUUAAUGAAUGUUUGUAGCUUGUUUGAUGAUGCUUUUGUGGUUUCUACCCCAUAUAAUAAAACUGAUUUAACAUUGGA